AUGCAAACGACACUGACACUAAGUGUAAGGUGUAAGGUGCCAAAAUAUAACAACUCGACGACCUCUCCUCAACAACUACAAUCCAUUCGUCGACAUAAAAAACCUUCCGUCAUGACAUUCUCCCGACAUCGAGUGAGUAUUCAAACAUGUUGUGGAGUGCUCGAAUUGACCUGGAUGAAAGCAUUGGCUGUGUUGGGAAUGGUGAUGUGUGCCUUCACAUUUUUUGUCUUGUUGGCAUUGCUCAUUUUUGGACAAAAUUCAAGUGCUCAUCAGGACAUUGCCAUUUUAGUGGCACGAUCUGAAAUCAUGUUGUAUCAGGCAUGGAUUGAUGCGUAUACUCUUGUGGCUGCCUAUUCACACAAUGCAUCUUACAUGUCGUAUUAUAACAAUUAUAAGUACACAGUGAAAAAUUUAACCAAUUACUUGUUUGAUACCAUUCCAAGAGAUAUUUACAAUGUUUCGUAUGCAGAAGAUGUCACACGAGAUUUGGAAAUUUCAAAUGAAAUUGCUGCAACAUUGAUAGCGAAUGGAAAUUUCACACAGGCAGUACAAAUGUUGACUUCGGAUCGAUUUUUAAGGGAACGAAGUGCAUAUGGUACUCUGCUUGAUUCCUUAUUACACUACAUUUUAACAACUCAGCAAAAAGCAAUUGAAUCGAGUGAAAUUGCCAUGCUCACUUCUCUCAUUUAUCUUUCGGUAGCUAUUGCAAUUACAGUUCCAGCAAUUGCUUUCAUUUUAGGAUUUGCCAUUAAUAGAGAUGGAAUUUAUCAACAACGUCUGCAAAGAGCUAGAGCCAUUGAAUUGCAAGAUACGAUGAAUAAUCCAAAAUUGAAAGCUCUUUUCAAGAAACAUUGUAUUAAGGAAUUGAAUCAAGAAAAUUUCGAUUUUUUAGAACAAGUUGAUGUCUAUAAGAAAUUGUGUGAACAUUUAUUUGAAUUGGUACAUUCAGAUGACGAAGUUUCGACCAAUUCUGGGGACACGAGUUUGCAUUCGGUGGCUUCACAGCCUCACGUCACCAAUCAAGACAAUCAAAUUACUCUGCAAAUUCCAACUCUCAACAGCACAUUGGCUGGCACUAGUUCCAAUUCAUUGAGCACUCUGGAUACUUCCAAAAAAAGACAACGUUCCAUGUCCUCAGCCACAGAAUUGGGUAAUGAAAUUGAACAAGUAGAAGCUCGAAAAUAUUCUCUCGUGAAAGACAUUUACAACACAUUUUUAGAUGUGAAUGGAAUGAAAUCGUUGAAUAUAACUAAAAGUUCAGCAGAGGUCGUUAAGAAUGCUUUACAACAAUAUGAAGAUAAGACCAUUCAUUCAUUGAGUGAUUCUUUGUUUGAUUCAUUGGAGAGGGACAUUUCCAUUACCUUGUUGGAUUCACAUUUCAGAUUCAAACAAAGUAUGGACUUUUUGAAGGAAAUGAAAAUUAAAAAGAUUCAUGACUUGAAGACUAAUAAUAAUGACAACAAGAAUCACCACGAGAAGAAGUAA